UCUCUCUCUCUCUCUCUCUCUCUCUCUGCUUGUCCUCGAGCAACUCAUCUUCGUCGGAAUACCAUCACCAAGAACGGCACCGUUUCAGCUCCGACCAGAUACGCUCAGCUGAGAGAGGCUGAGACUGAAAGACACCAACAAUACAAAACGCCGCCGUGUAAUGGUUGACUGAUUGAUUUUCUUGGUUUCUUUUCCACACAAACAAAACGGCCACAUACAGUGGAAGGUAAGGAGAUGGGAAGAGUGGUGAUGGGGUUGGCGGUGGGGUGUGCGGUGGCGACGUGUGUGAUAGCGGCGGCGAUGGUGGGGAGGAGAAUUCGGAGUAAAAGAAGGUGGAGGAAAGUGGUGAGGGUGUUGGAGGAGAUGGAGGAGAGUUGUUCGACCUCUGUGGGGAGGUUGAGACAAGUAGUUGAUGCUAUGGCUGUGGAGAUGCACGCAGGUUUGGCCUCUGAAGGUGGUAGUAAGCUCAAGAUGUUGCUCACUUUCGUCGACAAUCUCCCGAAUGGGAGUGAGAAGGGAAUGUAUUAUGCUCUAGAUCUUGGAAGUACUAAUUUUAGGGUCUUGCGGGUUCAGCUAGGAGGCCAAAGGUCUGCUAUUGUUGGACAUAAUGUUGAUUGGCAACCCAUCCCCCAACAUCUAAAGACCAGUACGAGCGAGGAGCUGUUUGAUUUUAUAGUUUCAUCGUUAAAGGGGUUUGUUGAAAGGCAUGAUAAUGUUGCCGAUGUUUCACAGACAAAAAGAAGGGAACUUGGAUUCACAUUCUCGUUUCCUGUGAAACAAACGUCCAUCUUGUCAGGCACUCUAAUCCAUUGGACAAAAGGAUUUGCGAUUGAGGACAUGGUUGGAAAAGAUGUUUCUGAGUGUUUACAACAAGCUAUGACUAAAAGAGGCCUGGAUGUGCGAGUAGUAGCACUUUUAAAUGAUAGUGUGGGAACAUUAGCUCUUGGACAUUAUCAUGAUGAAGACACAGUUGCUGCUGUGAUAAUAGGGACGGGUUCGAAUGCAUGCUAUGUGGAGAGGGCAGAUGCUAUAAUCAAGUGUCAAGGCCUUCUUACUACGUCAGGAUGCAUGGUAGUCAAUAUGGAAUGGGGAAAUUUCUGGUCGUCGCAUUUGCCAAGAACAUCAUAUGAUAUUGAUUUAGAUGCUGAUAGUAAUAACCCUCAUGAACAGGGUUUUGAGAAAAUGGUAUCAGAAAUGUAUCUGGGGGAAAUAGUAAGAAGAGUAAUUCUUAAGAUGUCACAGGAGUCAGAGAUUCUUGGACCUAUUUCUUCUAAGCUAUCAACACCCUUUGUUUUGAGGACACCGUUGAUGUUUGCUAUGCAUGAGGAUGAUUCCCCCGACUUGAGGGAAGUAUUAAGAAUUUUGGAAGAGAGCUUGGAGAUCCCCGAUGUCCCUCUCAAAGUUCGAAAACUCUUUGUGAAGGUAUGUGAUGUAGUGACCCGGAGGGCUGCCAGGUUGGUAGCUGCUGGUAUUGUGGGGAUAUUGAAGAAGAUUGGUCGGGAUGGGAGUGGUGGCAUUACAAGCGGAAGAAUCAAGGGCGGAAGCCAUAGUAAGAUGAGAAGAUCGGUUGUGGCAAUUGAGGGGAGUUUAUAUACAAGCUAUGGUAUGUUCAGGGAGUACUUAAACGAAGCGGUAACAGAAAUCUUAGGGGAAGACGUUUCCCCGUAUGUCAUCCUCAAGGUCAUGGAAGAUGGAUCAGGUGUCGGAGCAGCUCUGCUUGCUGCUGCUUCUCAUUCAGCCUCAAGUGUGGAUAUGGUACAGUAGCUAUAAAUAUAUGUUCAUUAUAUAUAGCCCCUGUAAAUUGUAGAAUUCAUUUUCCAUAUUGAUAUUGACCAUAUAUAAAAGCGAAGGUUGUGUAUAUAAUCAUAUGUUCCUAGGUUUGUUAUUGUAUACGUGCGACAAAUAUUGCAGUAUUAUUUAACAAGGUUCCAUUCAUUUAUUCAAAAAAUGUGAUAUUAAUGGUAUCAUCAGAAUUCUUUCUUCU